UCCCACAACAACGAACUGGUCCACUCCACACUAUCGAUCCAAUACAACAAUCCCUAUAUUUCCUCAAAAACGACACACAACUACGUUAACCUAUAUACAAAUAAUGUAAAGUCUGAGUUAUAAGUGCAACAUAAUGGAACAAGACGUUCCUGCUACCGAAAAUAACAUCCCUGCUGGAAAUAACAUUCCUGCUGGCAAUGAUUCUCCUGCUGGAAAUAAUAUUCCUGCUGAGAUAGUCACUCCUGCUGUGAACAACAUUCCUGCAGCCCCGGAUCUACCGAUCAGAUACGAACUGAUCGUGGUGAUUCUUAAAGUCCUGAUUACGGUGAUGUUUUUGUUCCCUCUGGCACACUACUCGCUCAAAGGCGCUGACAAGAAAGACGACACUCCUGCUGUUCCUGCUGUAAACCAUUCGGAGACGAUCAACGUCACUAUGACCCUGCAGGAAUCAACUGUGACGCCGAAUAAGACCAAGACAGUGAAGAUGAGGAUCGUCCUGCCUCCAACAUGCGCUCUACCACAUAUACAAACCAGCCUAGAUGAGCUGUGCGAAGAGUACAUCUUCAACACCUCCUGUUGCACGCCUGAAGACUUCGAGAACGAGGAGAAACACAAGAUCCCGGUAAAUCCUGCUAAAGAACGAAAACCAAGCGAUCCUAGAGCCAACAUUGUGGGUUUCAUGACAGCAGGAUUCCUGGUGGUGUCUCUGGUAGCCACUUUUCUGGACUUAUACAAGGCCAAGAAGCAAGCACCGACCAAAUCCAAGGCACCCUUGAUCAGGAAAUGCUCGUUGGCCGACCUGACGAUAAUGAAGCAUCAGAGGAAAGAAAUCAAUAGGAGGGAUUCGAUCUUAGAGGGCCAUGAUGAAGGCAGACAACCUGCCAAUCACAAGAAAGCACCACCCCUCCAAAGGAGCAGCUCAACCCCGGCCGAACCAAUCAGCGAAUUCCUACCCUACAACUUCAGCAGGAGCGUUGACAGCAGGAGAGGCUCCAUUCUGGACUCGUCAGGUGACCCAGUUACAGCCAGGCUGAGUUUCGAUAGCAGAAGAGGCUCUAUUUUGGACAGAAAAAGCUCUCUCAUUGAUGGGAAAUUCGCAGAUAGGUUCGAUGCUUGCGGGAGAAGGAUCUCAGUAGAUAUUACAAGUUCUCCUGAAAGGAAACACCAUACUCGACUUGUGCACAGGCAUUGAGCCCUCACAAUUUGAAAACUAUCCGCACUUAUUGUCAAAUUUGCUGUGAAACCCCUCAUAUCAGAUCGAAACAAUCAAAACCUCCUCUAAGGUGUCCUUUGGAAAUUUACCAGACUGCUAUUCGAAUUAUAUUCUAUCCUUAAUUAAAUGAACUCUUCACUAAAAACUUUCACUAAGUGGCCAAGAGAGCAGGCUUUGUUGGUGGUAGAAAUUAUUGCUUAAACUAACUUCCUUGUCGGAAUGGUGCUAAAUUUCAUAUGACCAACAUGACCCUCCUGGUCAAGAUAUACCUAGUGAAUAUAUUUUGCUACAACCCCUCCUUAAACUUUACAAUCUAUCUAUCUAAGUUAAUUUAAGGCCUAAUUUUCAUCAAUUCUAACAAAUUUAAGACAAUAUUUCAUCCUAUACUCUCGUGUUUAAGAUUUCGAAGGACCUUUUCUUAAAUGUGAACUUUACAAAUUGCUUAUCACAACCCCUUCAAGCCUUGAUGUUUGGUGAUAAUGUACUUGGAGACUGACUUUAGGAACGUAUUGUAGAUCUGUAACCGAGAUGUAUGAGAUCCCUUUUUAAAUUUUUUUUUUGAGUGUAAAAGGUCAAUUACUGGGCACAAGUUCGAGAAUUUUUUACUCUACUUUUCAAUGUCCAUUUAUUGUUACUAUACUGUUGUUUCAUUUCGAUAUGUAGAAGAGUUUGUAUAAAUGUUUUACUCAACA